AUGGAUUUUGAGAAACGCCUUGUGGACGCCCUCAAAGAGCAAUAUCUGAAGCUCUCCAAACCAUUAAUGACCAGUGUAACAAUAACUGCUUUGCAAAGACUUCCGGAGUGCAAUAUUCUGCGCUUCGACGGACGGUAUGCCCGAGAUGCGCUGAGGUUGAUCCGCAUCAGACAUACGAGAGCUCUGAAAACGUUGGGAGGAGAAGCACCUGCUGAUAAGUUUUUAAAGAUUGUUCAGACGGCGAAGUGGUUCCCAGAGGCCCUGAAUACAAUUGAGGCCCCCGUCUUCAAGCGGAGUGCAACAAAAUGA